AUGCAGGACGACAGACAAUUUCCAAAACUAAUUGCAUUCGAUUUAGAGUACAAAUCACCUAUAUCGUUCUAUCUCGAUGUCCCCGAGAUACUAUACGCGCUACAGGAGCUUUCGAUAAGUGUGGCGCUUUGCUCGCGGACGUCUGCCGUCGAUCUCGCACAUGAUACUAUUUCAAAACUCCUGCUGCCACCACCGAAGGCACAGCCAGAUAGCCCUGCCCGACCAGCGAUUGCAUUUUUCGAUCAAAGAGAGAUCUACCCAGGCUCGAAGACUCGUCACUUCAACCAAUUACACGCCAAUACAGGGAUAGCGUAUCAAGAUAUGCUCUUCUUUGACGACGAAUAUCGGAACAAAGAAGUCGAAGAACUUGGUGUAACUUUUAUCCUGGUUGAGCGGGGAAUGGACCACGCAACGUUCAAAAGAGGGGUUGACGAGUGGCGUAGACGGCACCCUCCCGAAGAAGGGGUUAGCGCCAAAUCGAUUGAAUGA